CCAGACUCAAUCUAUGCACAGUGGGUAGCUUCUAUCCUAGUGCACUAUUAUAGUAGUAUAAAUUUAGGAAAGAAAUUAUUCGAGCCCCUAAUUUAGGAAUGAUAUUAGGGGCCUAUACACGUCGGCUAAUAAAAUACAUGUACAUGUAUUACAAUAAUAUCAAUACAGCAGAACCUAAUGUCUAACAUCACACAGGCAUUAACUUUUGUAUCGAUAUCAUAUGUUAAAAAUUAGGUAUCGAUAUAUUUAGCCGUUUUCCAACUCUAAUGACUAGGAAAGUAGUCGACAGAUUAUAAUUGUAUCGAAUCUGUUCGACAACCGGCGGAAAAUUUUGAAAUGCAGAGAGACCUCAAAAAGUCAGAAGCGGAAGCGUCACGACAUAACAAUAAUAAUAAUUUGUUGUAUGAAGACUAUCGUUUUUUUAAAAAUUGGCAGCUCCUAAUUGGGUUAAUAAGGUUCCAUUUAUGGCCUUCGAUUUUGCAGUGAGUGCUGACUUUGGACUGAGAGAACAAAAAUGGAAAGAGAUCGAAAGUCAAAUAAGCGGAGGUCAUCUAGUAUAUUGAAACGACAGGAUACUUGUGUUAUUUCUGAGGGCUCAGAUGGAAGUGGUGAAGGUCCAAGGACGCCUCGACGUGUGAGCUUUGCAAGCACUACAUCUGUCAGGACAUUCUGCCCAACUCCUUGGCAAUGGAACAUCAGCGAUGUGAGUAGCAACAGCACUGGGAGUAAUCCGGAUGUCUCUGCUAUUUCAGAGGCCUCUCACCUGGAACAGGAUGUUUUUGAGUCACCUGCUGCAGAUGCAGCUCCUAAACAGCUCCCACCUACCACAGGCUCCCAGCCUCACUUUGUACCAGUGAUGGACAUAGCCGAGGCGUCAUUGCACACUGUAAAAUCAAAUCAUGAUGGAAAUGAAGUCACUGUGUCGACACAAAACAGAACCAUUAUGUUCAAAAGCCAUGAUGAUUCUGGCUGUACCAUGGAGCUUACUUCAAAUAUUUCUCAAUUACCCCCUGGAGUCAAUCUUACAGAGGAUGCGUCAGUUCCAGGGCUAGAUGCUGGCCCCUUCUGUAAACCAGGUUUCAGCCGCAAAUCAUCUUUCUCAGGGGAGAGCAGCCCAGAACCACCCACGGAGCAUGUGUUUAUGGAGAUCACUCGAAAUAUCACCUCAGAAGUUGCUUUGUCUGCCCAUUCUGCUGAUAUUCCUCCAGAGUCCACAAAAAUUUUCCACCAACAAGAUGAUAAUGAAAUGGAGUUAACCCAGAACAUAAAUAAGACCGUACCUCCUCUUGGUCAAAGAGAUGUUCCUGUUGAAAUUACACGCAUUUUCGGAGAAACAGAUAGUAACAGCAUGGAAAUAACCAAAAACAUAACAAGGUCGACACAUAUUUUCGGAGAAAUGCAUAGUGACACGAUGGAGAUAACCAAAAACAUAACUAGUUCAACACAUAUUUUCGGAGAAAUGCAUAGUGACACGAUGGAGAUAACCAAAAACAUAACUAGUUCAACACAUAUUUUCGGAGAAACGCAUAGCGACACAAUGGAGAUAACCAAGAACAUCACAACAGUUAAUGAUGACCUGCUGCCGGCUCAGCUGCCAACAAAUCAACAACAAAGCUUGAUUGUCAAGUCGAAGUAUAGCACCCUGGACGACCUGUUUGCUGCAGUGAAGAAGAAAAGUACAACCCCUAGUUGCAGUUUUGUAGAAAUGUCGGACGCUGACAGGUCAGUGCCAGGUGCCCUCCUCAGCGAGAGUCUAGAAGACAUGGAGAUGACCGGUGACAUAAGCACAGAGCCCUCGAGACGAGCACUCGCCGAUAUUCCUGCGCACAAUGUUCUAACGCCCGUCAUGGAAAUGUCCGGGGCAAUGAAUGAAUCACAGGCCUCCCUUUCUGAGUGGAAAACUGGUCAGUCAGUCAGAUCUGUCUCAGGAGAGCUUCAAGCUGGUGCUCACCUCAAUCGUACCAUUGAAAAAGAGAACAGUAUCCUGGAAGCGUAUCGUCGUCAAGCAGAUGCAGCCUUGUCGGAGGGCAACAAAACCAUCAUGUUUGAGGGUCUUGAUAAUUCUUCAUGUGACAUGGAUAUGACAACUAACAUCUCGGUGCUGUGUCACUCCAGGAGUGCAAGGAAACUAGAGGAUAUCAAUGAGUCUCAACUUUCAUUUACUUGCCCAGCUUCGGACAAGAAGUUGUCUGCACCUUCAUCAACUGAAUUGGGAUGUGAGACAACAAAGAUAUUUGGACAGAGCAAUGAUAAUAUGGAGCUCACCAAGAAUAUAACUGAUAAUAAGCAUGUGGUGCAAAUUCCAGGGACAAAAGGAUUGCAACAAUGCCAAGGAGACACUCAGAGCCUUGCCACUCAAGUGUUUGGACAGUCAGAGGAUGACGGAAUGGAAAUAACUCAGAAUUUGACCAGUCAUCAGAUGUUGAAGGAAACUGAAAGAGGAAGCUUGGUUACUGCUCAAAGCACAACAGAAUGUUUGUCUAGUGAGGACAAAGUGAACGGCCAGUCUGUGCAGGUUUGUGACCAGCAGAGGGGUAAGGACGUCAAAGUCGUGACGGACAUGACCAGUGGUAUAACAUCUCAGUCACCAGGCUGUCGUCACCAGGAGACUGGUGAACAAGGUGGAGAGACGGAGAAACAAACAGUGAUUCAUGUCGUUGAUCAAGACGUGAGUCUGAAAUAUAAGUUUGGCAGUCCUGAUGCUGCUUCUUUUCCCGCUCAGAGUUUGAAUGAGUCUGCGUUUCUGGAAAAUGUAAAGGGCCUCACAAGAAGUCAGGAUGACAUGGAUUUGACAGGGGAUAUUGUUCGUGGGUCUUCUCGCUCUGCCCUCAUGGACAUAUCGGUUAAUGUACUUCAGAACUCGGGGAAAGAAGCAAACUCGAUUCUUAAUUUGUCGAAGAGCGAUAAAAUUACCAGCAACAUAAAAGAUGAUGGACUGUUUCCUAAUAAAAUAUGCAACGCUGAAAGAACUCCAUUUUCUAUGUCUUCAAAACAUGUACGAGAAGAAAAGCCAGCCAAAAGGUUAAGUGUUUCGUUCAGGGAAGAAUCGAUAAUUGUUCCACCAAAAGUAGAUGUGUUGACUCUUGAAAAUGAAGACAUGCUCGCAGCAGCUGAGAAAAUGCAUUUACCAGUACAGAACAGCCUGGGUGAUGUGCCUGUGUCACGACAGAAGGGGGCAACAGAAACCUCAGAGUUUUCCUCCUCAAAGUCGGCCAAUGCAAUUCAGGGAAAACGAAAAAUACUUCACACUUCUGAGAUACUGAAGCUAGAUCCUUCACGUCUAUCUCCUAAAAAGAGGAAGUCUAUUGAAAUCCUCCCUUUGUCUUUAUCAAACGGUAUGGAUGUGUUGAGAAAAUCUCGAUAUCGAAGAUCGGAGGCUUUUCCUACUAAAAAUGUGGUAUCAUUUUUGGGAAAUCGGAGAAAAUCUAGUUCGGAUGCUCUCACCAUGUCUUCCUCAUCCACUUCUUCCACCUCGGAAAAGAACCCUGCAGAAGCAUCCGUCGAAGAUGGAAAUGGAGAGCAGAAAAGGUCUUUUUGUCUUGAAGAGGAGUCUGUAUCUAUAAAGGACGUGCGCACAAAUGCAAGUCAAGCUCCACGUCUAAGUUCAGCGGAGAGUAUUUCCUCAGUGUUGACCCCUGACCUCCCGUCCUCUGCUGAAUUUGGUGUUGUGACAGCUGACAACGGAGUUUCUAGUACAGUCUCUCAAGAACCAAACUGUUUGAGGAAAGUUGUGUCUCCGGGAAGAAAUGAGAGUGUGUUCAACCUGUCUGGCGUCAAGACUUUGGAUGCAUCCCUGUCACUGUCCCGUUUUGAACAAACGGAACCUGACGCUGUGCAAAGCCUCACAGAUACAGAAAUGAGGUAUUUGUCCUUGCAGAAUUCUUCCCGAGGUAGAAUGGAUUCUUCAGUGUCAGAUCUGAACCAACAUAAACAGCAGCUGCCUCCCCAUGCUGAUGAUGAGGACCGCCGCACACCUCCCCUGUCUGCUUCUCAGCUGGUGUUGGACAACAGUGACGAAGUUGGAAGCCCUUUCUCUGACCUGGGCGAUGACCUCAGCGAAGCUCUCGGGGACCAAGAGAUGCCAGAUAUGAUCCAUGAGGACUCUUUCAGUGGUGUUGAGGAAGUGCUUCUCUCAUUAUCAGAAUAUGCAUCCAACAAAGAGCCAGUCUUAUCUGCAAAUGAAAGUCAGCUGAAGGCUGAGCUGUCAUUUGGAACUAUGUGCUCUGUCUUGGGCAUCCGUUUCGAUCCUGUCCCUGUGAAAAAUGUGUCUGAGUCUUCUUCGGUCUCUACAACCACUGAGAAAGGACGAUUAGAAGCUAAAGUAUUCACACGCCCCAAACUGGAAUGUCUGAAAAAUUACAUUGCUCAACUUGAGAAGGAUACAGUGAGGGCGAAGCGAGAAGUGGAGACUAAGAUGGCUCAUUUGAAUCAGGCUCCCCCAGAGUGGUAUAUGAGGGCCAUUCGCAAGCAGUUUGUUGGAGAAGACAUCUCGGAUUUGAAAUCAAAGGCUCAAGCUGCUGCACAGACUUGCAGGAACUUGGCCAGGGCUACCUGGAAACAUCGCAAGACAGACUUCUUAAUGAAAUACCAUGUGGCAAGAGAGGAGGCUCACAGCAGCCUGGAAGCUGACGUGAACAGUGUGAUGUCUCAAGCAGAAAAGUUACAAAGCCUUAAUUCACAGAUAGACCAGUACUUGCAUGACAUCAAGACCAGCAAGGUUCAUAAAGAAGACAUGGCUCUAAAGCAGGAUGAACACCAAAAAGUUCAAAGGGAGACGGAGGAGACGCGGGGUCAGUGUGAAGCUCUCAAUAGUCAGUUGUCCCACGUCAAACAAGGUAACGUUGAGGUUGGGAAACGUUUGCAGGAAUGUGACUCGGCCCGGGAUCUACUGGAAGAGCAGCUGACUUGGAUGAGCAGUCUCUCAGAAUGGAGCAUUCUGCACAAAAGUGCGAGAGAGAUACAGUUUGGAUUUUUGUUCAACACCGUUGUACUAUGUAUUCAAACAACCUCACCUGGAGACAAAGAUCGGAAGAUUUUGGGAGUGACGCGCAAGUCCAGAUUGGCUGCUAACAGUCGACCAUGGGCCAAGUUGUCCCAUGACCUGGUAUAUACGAGCCUUGACUGCAGCGAACUGCAACGGAAGUACAAGGACUACAACACCCUGGGACAGCUGCUGUCAGAAGUUUCAGAAUCUGUGUCCAAAGCCCGACACCUGAGCCAAGAACUGAAACUUGUCCAUCUGAAACAGGAAUUGGCCAUAGACAGGAAAAGUUUGACUGUGGUGGUUAGAGACAGGGGAACACGCAGCAAGGUUCUGCUACAGACUACACUGGAUGCGUGGCCUAUGGACUGUCCACGUUGGACACUUACAGUUCAGUCUGGUGAUGUCAGAUUAAAUCAUCUGGAAGAAAUGGUGAGAGGAGUGUCGGGAGGUCGGGGCCAUGUAUCCCGCGUUAUAUCAACUGUGGAGGAAUUACUAUCAAAAGUUGACCUAAGAUGAUGUCUCUUCUAUUACGCUCUGUUGAAUUUGUACAUACGGCUUAUGUGUUUGUGUGUUUUAUUAUUACAGCUACAAUAAAAUAUCACAACUGUGAUUGUAAAUAAGUGUACAAAUAAUAUGUACAGUCCAAUGUUGAACUAAUGUCAGUAUAGGUGUGGGGAAUACGAAAAACUGUUGUUGAUGGGUUGGGCAUGUUUGUCGCAAGGAAAAAAGGACUCCCUUUUUGUCAAUGGUCAUGGCAUUUCAGAUUUUGGUCUAGUAAUGUAUAAUUAAACAAUUUCUUUUUUCUGUUGAAUUUCAUGUUUGUUGAAAGAUAGACCAUGCUCAUGGUCCCGAGACAGGAUAACAAGCAAAUGUAACAUUUUCGCUGAAAGACCAGUGUUAACUCCCUGUUGGCUCAAACUUUGAAUAUAUGUUGUUCAAAUAUGUUACAUUAAUGAGGAUGAUUUAAUCUCCCUUUAUUUUAAUGGGGGUGAUGUUGGGAAAAGUACUAAGGAACUGAACGGAACAAAAUUGAAGAGCAGAGCUGCAUCAUGUACAUGUUAUUUAUUUGGGUGUUCCUUUUUUUCUUUUUAAAAUGAUUUUUGGACAUAUGUCCUUGAAUGUUGUACAAGUAUAUGUUCUGUUUUGUUUGCUCCUCCUUUCUAGUGUUCUUUAACCCUCGUCCUGCCGGGGCCGGGUUUAUGUCGCCC